AUGUUUGAGGGAGAUGUGCCAUUCACAAAUGUUGAACUUUUUGCGAUUGGUCUUACGAUGUUUGUGGCACAUACCGUCAUCGGAGAUAAAACUCAACGCCAUAGCUCUCAGUAUAACUCAAGUAUGAAGCUGGCUGAGAACAAUCCGAAGAGAAAAAAGGGGGACUUUCUGAGAAAAUACGGAACACGUGUGGUUCUCAUUAUUACUCACAGUGGGAGAAAUGAUCCGUUUCUGUUUUUUUUUUUCAUUUUCAAUGAUCUUGGAGUUCUUGGUUCUUUCAUCAAGCAGAGAAAGCAGAAAAAACAUUACCAUAAGUCUAUCAAAGCGUCGAUCAUAGCCAUCAAACGUGCUUCCGAACAGCACAUUGAAAGAAGUUCGACGAAUCUUCCGUAUGAAAAUCGGUCUCGAUCAAGUUUUAAUAGUUCUCAAUUCGACGAAAUAGCUCGUGUGAUGUACCAAGCAGCAGGUUUUCAAAUCCAUGAACACCAUUCAUAG